GAGGGGAGAAGGGCGGUGUUAGCAGGGGCGGAGUUUGUUGGGGAAAAUGGCGGCCGCCAGGGGCCUGUCCGUAACGGCCACAGCCCUAAGAGCGGUCAUUCCCUGGCGGAGGGGCAGGCUCUCCGCUUCCUGUCAGGGACUUCAGACGCGUUGGGAGGCGUCAUCUUCCAGCCCCGAGGCUGGCGAAGGGCAGAUCCACCUCACCGACAGCUGCGUCCGGAGGCUUCUGGAAAUCACCGAAGGAUCAGAAUUCCUCAGGCUGCAGGUGGAGGGAGGAGGAUGCUCGGGAUUCCAGUACAAAUUUUCACUGGAUACAGUUAUCAACCCCGACGACAGGGUAUUCGAACAGGGUGGGGCAAGAGUUGUGGUUGACUCCGAUAGCUUGGCCUUCGUGAAGGGGGCCCAGGUGGACUUCAGCCAAGAACUGAUCAGAAGCUCAUUUCAAGUGUUGAACAAUCCUCAGGCAGAGCAAGGCUGCUCCUGUGGGUCAUCCUUCUCUGUCAAACUUUGACAUGAUGACAGGUGACCCAGAAAUUGCCAUCAGUUGUACCAAUCUGAGGAACUUGGAUUAGUAGAAUUCUAGAGGUUUCCUUCUAAUCAUGUCCCUCUCUCAAUUUUAUUUUCCUUAAUCCGGGAGUGUUGUGUUCUUCCACUAUUAUUUUCAGAAUGUGAAGCUUUUACACUUGACCUAAAUUACCCCCCAGCUCCCAUACAAUGCUAAGGUCAAGCUUCUAGAUAUUGUUACCUCAUAUUUAAUUACUGGUUGAAAUCCAGUGUACUCUACAGAACCUCCAAGCCUCCAAAAUUUGGAGUUACUUCUCUAACCUUCAGAAUGCUUGUACAUACAUGUAUAGCAAUGUAUAAAAGCCUCAUUUUAAAGAAUAUUCUUAUUGUGUUUUGGAUCAGGGUCACAGAUUGAGUGGUUUAAACACCAAUAACUAGGUCAGAACUGAGGAGAAAGGCACAUGAAAUGUUAUCUUUUUCAAUUGACCCUUUCACUACCCGCCCCCGCCCCCACCCCACUGGGAGUUGAACACAGAGGUGCUCUUCUCUGAGCUACACCCCCAGUCUUUUUGUUUUUUAUGUAUUUAUUUUAUUUACUGUAAUUGUUUUUGUGGUACUGGGGAUUUAACGCAAGGCUGCUCUUGCACCAAGCUAUAUCCUCAGCCCUUUUAAUUUUUUAUUUUGAGACAGGGCCUCACUAAAUUAUGCAAUCUGACCUUGAACUUAUGAUUCUCCUGCCUUAGCCUCCCAAGUAGCUGGGAUUAUAGGUAUGUGCCACAAAUCUCAGCUCUCAUUUCACCCAUUAUGAAUGUGCUGCUGACAUUUUCUUAUUUUCUAUGCAGCCCAUUCACUAUUUCCCAGUGAUAAUGUCAUUGUCAUUCACAGAUCUAGGAUUCAAAAAACCAUGAGCCCAUCCUCCAGAAAACUUGGACCAAUCUCUGAUACCUGAAUUACUUGAAAAAUAGCCUCACUGCUCUGUAUUCAUACAGACAUUUCAAGAUCUGUGACCAUUUAGUAAUUGAAUCCUUUUAGGAUAUGUUGCUUUAUCUGCCUUAUGGUAUAAAAUGUCUUUGCUCAUGCACAGCUGGAAGUGUCACUUCAUUAUGUAGCUAAUAGAGAUCAUUUUUUUUUUAAAAUUUGUUCUUAUUCUACACGAUAGUAGAAUGUAUUUUGACAUACAUAUAUGGAGUAUAACUUCUCAUUCUGGUUGUAUAUGAUGUAGAAUUAUAUUGGUAAUGUAAUCAUAUAUGCACAUAGGAUAGUAAUGUCUGAUUCAUUCUACUAUCUUUCCUAUUCCCAUUCCUCCUCCUUCCCUUCAUUCCCCUUUGUCUAAUCAAAAGACUUCUAUAAUAGAGGUCUUUUAGAGUGAGUUAACAGAUGAAAUGCAAACUGCCAAGUUAAAUUUGAAUUUCAGAUGAACAAAUUUUUUUGUGUCAUUUAAUCUUUGUAAUAUAAGUAUGUUUCACUCUUAUGUAUGUCUACAAUACAUACAUUUACGUGCUAAACAUGGCAAUCCUACUUUAGGGUCUCUAAAAGAAAAGAUUUUAAACCACAAAUCCCAGUGCAUUUUAAAGUAUUUGUGUAGAUAUGCAUUUAAAUGGGUUAUGGAGCUUGAAAUAAUUCUAUUAUGGUGCUAGGGGACCCAGAACAGUAAAGACAAAACUGAAAAAGAAUUUGCACUACCAUCACAACAAAUAACUUUUUAAUUUUUAUUUUUUGGCACCAGGGGAUUGAACCCAGGGGCACUUUACCACUAAGCUACA